AUGGAGUCUCUUAAAGGUGUUUUGGGUAGUAGGAGGUUGUUGGGAAUCUCUUUCAACAAGUCGAAGUCCAGUAAGCACGGUGAUAUUCAUGUUGCAAAUAUUACACGACAGAUCACCAAGGACGUUCCAGUGAGGCCUCCACUAUCUCUUUUGAAGGAACUCGCCGAUGCUUCUUGUAACACUGAUUCCUACGCUUCGAUCAUGGAUGUGAUCGCUUAUCGGCUGGACAGGGGGGUUAAAAAACCGAGUUCAUGGUAA